CACAGCCAGAUCUGGAGUUUACAUCCACCMACAAACACACAGAGCCCCACAGUCGGUGUUUCUCUCUUCGUCACUCAGUGUGUCUCAACUCCACAGAGCAGUUCUGUCUUCGACAGCAACGGACACAGAACAAAAACUCAUCCUUUCUUCAUCCAGUAACUCAAAUUGGACUGUUGUCGCAAARAUGGAAAACAAGUCCGAUGUUAGGGCAAUGAGGGCCCGCUUCCAAACAGGUGGAUCAUGCACAGAUGAGAGCUCCUCUCCACCAGUUGGACGCAUUAAAUCGCCCCUGCAGCCCACCCUCUCUGGUCCAGCGGCUCACAAAAAGCCUGUCUUGGAGAGCCUAUCGGCCAGUGGCAUAAACGUAAAGCCAUCAACUCUGAAAAGCACACCGUCCAGUAAAAGUGACUCAGACGCACCAGAAGCAAACAAAAUCAAAGCCAUGGCUAACCGGUUUGCUCAAGCUCAGGACGACAGCACCAACAAACCUUCGGUUGUUAACAAAGUGCCGACGACGCUGAAAUCACAUUUUCCUCCACCUGUUGAAGCUAAAGGUCCUGGUCAUCCAUCUCCUCUGAACAAACCCGCAAUCAGCUCCACUCCGUCUGAUCCCAAACCUGUGUUUCCAAAACCCCCUGGUUCACUUAACUCGAAGCCUAACUGGAUGAAAGAAGAYAGCGGUGGGGGCACAGCAGUGAACKCAACCCCGACGCCCCACAAAAUGCCUGCCCCGCAACAAAAGCCGAUCAGCGGCGUUCGAAAAAUGUGGCAGCAGAGUGACGAGCAGGCAGAGGCGAACACAGACACUGUGAACAAACCUUCACCUCAAGUCACUCCUGCUUUUAAGCCCCCCACCAACUUCAGGACUGCUCAGAAUAUGUUCAACAAGGAGAAAGACACGUCUGAGCAGAAAGAGAGCGGUCCGGUCAGCAAGUCACCCUUCACAGCUUCUAACGCCGCUCCACCGCCAAAACCGCCUGCCAGUAAAAAGCCCAGCAUUAAAAACCCAGCGAGGUCUGCUCAUAAGGCUGUCAAUGGCGAUGUAGCCGGAGGCCCAAAGCGAAACCCUCUGCCCAACAGUUUAGCUUUGGGGCCUCCUCCUGCUAAACCCAACAGACCCCCCAAAGUAGACCUGGCAAACUUUAAAAGAGGUGCAGAGCCCCCUGAGAAUGGCACCAGGAAGAGGUUUACGAUGAUGUUGAUGGACCGGCUCCUCCUCCUCUGCCCUCAGCUCACCCAAGUCAGAAACCUCCAAAGGAUGAAAUCGAUGACGACGAGGAAGGAGACAUGUACGAGGAUCUAGAUGAGCGAUGGGAAAAGAAUGACGAAGCUGAGAAAAGCCAAGAAAAGAAGAAAGACGACAAAGAGGAGAAAAAGCGACAGGAAGCUGCGAAGAAAGAGCAGAAAGAACGAGAGAAGAAGGAACAAGACGCCAGGAAGAAGUUCAAACUGUCCGGACCUCUGGUGGUCAUUCAGAAAGGAAAGGCUCUCUCAGACWACAAAGGAGGGAAAUCUGAUCUGGCUGUAAAGCAGGGAGAUCAGCUGGAUAUAAUCCGUGUUCAGGGGAAUCCAGAGGGGAGAUGGUUGGCGAGAUCCCAAGAUGGAUCAAUUGGAUAUGUUAAAACAACCUCAGUGGAAAUCGAUUUCAACUCCCUGAAGAACCAAUCAGCUCAGCAGGCGUACGAUCCGGAGGUUUAUGACGACAUCGAUGUGGUCUCAUCUGACAACAGUGGGACCAAAGGGCCAUCAGUUGUCCUUCCCCCACUCCCAGGAGAAGAUGGGGAAAUAUAUGAUGAUGUGGACAAUCCAAAUCUGGAUGUCAGUUCCAGUGAGUCCAAGUCCUUGCUUGUGAGGCCCCAAAGCUUCCUGCGGAUGUUCGACCGAAACAGACUUUUUACCAGCUCUAAAGAAGUUCCUCCACCCAGCCAGUUUACAGCAGAUGGGAAUUCAGACAAGCCAGGCGCAGCGAUUGAUGAAGAAAUAUAUGAUGAUGUUGACGGUCAAAAUGCACCUCCCCUUCCCCCACUUAGCAGCCUCCCAGGCAUGAAAGCCAAAAGCAAAGCAGAGGAAAUGGAUCUGAAGAAGCAGAAGAAGUUUGAGAAAGAGGAGAAGGACUUCAGGAAAAAGUUCAAGUAUGAAGGGGAGAUCCAUGUUCUGUACCAGGUGAACAUCAUUUCCAGUCUCAACAAUAAGAAGUGGAGCGGGAAGGAGCUGCCGGUUAAAGCUGGAGAGAAGCUUGACGUCAUUGUCAGAGCGCAGGAUAACAAACUGAUCUGUCGCAAUGAGGACGGCAAAUUUGGUUAUGUUUCAACCAGCCAUGUUGUUGAUGAUGGAGAAAUCUACGAUGACAUUGGAGGAGAUGACUGCAUCUAUGAUAACGACUGAGAAACAUCCUGCGGUGGCCUGACGACACUGAGAUCCUUUAUUUUUUACUCUGUUAUUUAUUAUGUUUGAUGGUAAACAUUAGGAACUGCUGUAAAUUAGCCUCAUAUCAGCCAUUCAACACUCCUAUAACUUAUCAAUUCGGAAUUGUUGGUGAAAAUAGUUCAACGUGAUCCACACAUGAAGAGAAAUGCUAACCUGAAGUCAUUUGAACAAUGAACUGUUUUUUUUUUUUUUUGUUUGUUUGUUUGUUUUGUUGUCUGGAGCUGAAAAGAAAAGAGAAGCUAUGGAAAAGCUCAUUUUUUAUCACUUUAUUUUAUGUAAAGAAAAAUUAGUUAUGGACAAACAGUAUUUCAUGUUUUCUUGUUUCUUUGUUUUUCUUCUUUAUGUAGGCUACUGUAGUGUCUUGUUGCUAAAUUUUUCCACUUUUAUAUCAAAAAGUUUGUUGACCUAUGUGUAUGAUCAACAGGUGAAAAGAAUAUGCGAAAAGUUUGAACUUGUAUUUCAACAAUUAAAGUUAAACAUGUUUCAUUAAAAA